GGGCAGCACCCUUUCAGUGGCCCUUUAGUGCUCUUUCCCUGCUGCAAGAAUGACUCGCGUACAACAGGUGGUGUUGGUGUUGAGCGCCCUGCUUGUGGUUGCUUCCGCGAUCGCUGGACCGAACGGGCGCAUCGUUGGUGGCAUUGAUGCCGUGGCCGGAGAUGCACCAUGGAUGGUUUCGCUGCGGAACUCGAUCAACCAGCAUCUGUGCGGUGGCACGCUGCUAAGCAACCGGUUCGUCCUGUCCUCGGCCAACUGCUUGUCGGGCCGGCUGGCAACGGCCACCAUGGCUGUGGCGGGAUCCCGCUUCCUCAACACGGCCGCCAUUCCGUACUAUGGCAUUCAGAUCAUAACGCACCCGAACUUUAACGUCAACACGCUUGAGCAUGAUGUCGCCCUGUUCCAGACGGCACUGCAGUUCAUUUUGACCCAAUCGGUCCAACCGCUGCCACUGUCGGCUGAUGUGAUUGGCGUGGGCGUUCGUGCCCGUGUCUUUGGCUGGGGAGCUUCGCAGGCCAACGGAGGAAACACCAACGCGCUGCAGUUUUUGAACGUAAACACACUGAACAAUGACGACUGUGCCAACUUCCUCGGUGCGGAGGGAUGGCGCAUUGGACCGUCCUCGCUGUGUACGCUGACCCGCGAAGGACAGGGCAUCUGUGGGGGCGAUGAGGGCGGCGCACUUGUGCUGGACAACUAUGCCAUCGGAGUCGCCUCGUGGGGUAUUCCGUGCGCUACCGGCCGGCCAGAUGUGUUUGUCCGUAUCUCGGCCGUGCGUAGCUGGAUUCUGAACUUUAUCUAAGAUGUGAUAAAGUUUGGCGUUGGCGAUCGGUAGUACCGAUGUUUCACAUUAUAGGUUAAUAAAGCAAAGCAUUUCAAACCAGA